CUUGUGGACACCGCCAUCAGCCGGUGGCUGUAACUGUCCCACGCUGUUGCGGAGAGUCACGGCGGCGUUAAUUAGCAUUGGCUGGAGACAGCCUGAGAUUUCGAGGGAAGAAACACAACAGGGACGUCGAUGAUGAUGAAUGCGAGGGGAGAACACGUCAGCUCACCCCGGAUUCGCUCGGGACGUAACUUGACAUUGCAGAGGCUCGCUCUUAGGCUGGCCCAGCUCAGCGCGCGGCCGUUUGUAGGCGGUGUGCGUGGCUCUGGCCUCUCUGCGUUGUGUGGAAUUCCUAGUGGAAGACAUCCGUCGGUUUGUUCAGGCAUAACAGGGCAUAACCGCAUUUCCGAUCACUUCUGCAUUCCUGGUUUAUCCGAACGCGUGAACAUAAACCUUAAGAGCAGCAGCGAGAGCAGAGCAGUCCAAAGGGGGGACCAAGGAUCCCGUGCUGCCACCAUAAGCAUAUAUGUAGCAGCGCUCGCAAUGAAUCAGCAUUUGGCUCGAGUGGGAGUCACUGUCCACUACAAAGCAAUCUGAGCCUUGGGCUCUUCACAUGCUGAUGCUUACGUAACAAACAACAACCCACUACUCUGAAAUUCCCUUAGCUUCCACCACACCGCCCAGCCGCACGUCCCGUCCUGUGUCUCUUUACGACCCCCUACGAACCGAACGACAUCAUCUCCGUUUCCUUGCCCGUGGACUCGACCUUAUUUGUCUCCUAUCUCAGCGUCACCUGUGAAGCCGCUUCCCCACCACUCACGUUCAGCAUCCUGCGGCCUUCGAGCCCAGCACUCCCGAGUUUGCAAGCAAAAUGGAUCAGUGGACCGUCGCCGUCCUCGGGGAUGGUGGUGUAGGUAAAACCGCGCUAGCCGUGCAGGUGAGUGCACAGUCGGCUUGAUCGCGUUAUCCCGGGAUUGACUGUGGGUCACUAGUUCACACUUAACUGUUUUGUCGGUGAGUUCCUACCAUUUCUACCGACUGAGACUACCCGCUGACGAUGGGAACCGUAUUCUCGCAGAGGUACCAUCGUUCGAUACCCAUUAUCGCAUCAUCAGCCGCUAAACAGCCCCUGCCAUAGACUUACGAUCCAACGAUAGAAGAUGCUUACCGUAAACAAUUCGUCGUCGACAACCGCAUGUGUUUUGUGGAGGUGAUUGACACUGCAGGGCAGGAGGAGUAUGCGACACUUCGAGAUCAAUGGGUCCGAGAAGGCCAAGGAUUCAUUCUGGUGUAUUCGAUCGCUUCUCGCUCAACCUUCAACCGGCUCGAGGUCUUCCGUCAAUCGGUGCGGAGGGCAAAGCGUGGAGACCCGAUCUUGUUGCUUGUGGGCAACAAAUGUGACAAGACGUAUGAGCGCGAAGUGACGAAAGAGGAGGGAGCCGCCUUAGCCCGGCAAUUCGGCUGCGAAUUCAUCGAGACUUCAGCGAAGACGGCACAAAACGUCGAGCGCGUCUUCACCAGUCUUGUGCGCUCUCUCCGACAAACAAGAAAUGUGGAACCUGGUGUAGCACCAACCCCUGGCAGACCGAAGGAAAAGAAGGAAAGGAAGUGCAUCAUCUUCUAAGGAUUUUUUUCUGGGAUCGUCGUGUCUACUUAGAUUGCUCCUUCCUUUUACCUCCUUCGAUGAUACCAGUGUUUCCUUGUUUUUGGCUACGCACUCCUCUGCUCUGCAUCUCCAUCACCUGUUGUUUCGAUACACACCCUGUUACACACUGCUUUAUCGUGACUUGUACGUCGUACGUGGCUGACACCUCUCAAGUCAGAAUGAUGUGGCCGUCCCACUACCUUCUCCCUUGGAAACGUCUGGCCUGGGUUUCACGAUUGCUUCCAACCCCCCCAUGUCUCAAACCUCAAAUGAGCUCGCUGGUGAUGUAAUGAGACUGUGCGACGACGCGGACUUUCUGGUUCGCUCUUCUGUCGAUGGUUCGACGUUCGCGGUCAGCCGGCACAGAAUGUCUGCUGGCUCACAUGUAUUCAGUCCGUGCUCUCGCUUCCGAUAGUUCGGCAGGCUCAUAAGGCUUCUGCCACGCAGGCGACAUGUUCACAUGCUGCGACUCGGUCUCCUCUCAACACAGAUCACACACUCUCGAUCUCGACGAAUCUCAGGGUUCGCUGACGUCCCUGCUUCGUCUGAUCCACUCUCCGCCGUCCCCCCCGACUCAAUUCAUCCGCAAGCCGCGAGAGGAGAAGGUCAAGACACAUCUGCCCGUCCGCUUCGACCUGUCUACAGCAAUCCCGUUGCCCAUCCUGCGGCUUCUGCUACAACUGGCCGACAAGUAUGCGCUGUCAGAUCCGGAGUCCCUCAAAGCGUUACGGGAACACCUCUUGGCCUAUGCUCCCACCGAUGGGCUGGAAGUCUACGGUCUGGGCUUGCGAUACUUGGAUCUGAUCGGAGAGCAUGUUGUCAACGAGGCCAGCCAGUAUAUUUUCCCUCUGCCGACCUACUCUCUGGACCAGAUUCAAGUGGUUCCCUCCGUUCAUGACCAUCAUCGCAUUCUAAGGCUUCAGAACUUCCGCGCUAAGGCCUUGCAGAAGAUCGUAGUCGAAGAAGACUUGUUCCCGCAUGGU